AUGAGCAGCGGAGGUUUCUACAAGUACCGUUGCAAGAACUUUUACUCGCACAAUUGUCCCAAUUGGGUGUGGGUAAACAACUCGCCAUGUGCGACCUGUAUUGCUGAAGGCAGAGAUGCCGAGGAGGAAUCGUUGCCAUCCUCGACGGCCUGUCAAGUUAACAUUGUCGCACCUCGUAUCCGAGACGACGUCUUACACGAUGCAUUCAUUGAAUUUGCUGCCCCAAGUGACAUUGGAGAGAGCUGGAUCCUCCACGACGAGGGCAAUGGCAUUAUCGACAAUGACGAACAGUCACAGACUGUGCCAUUGAGAAGCAGCACCAUGCCAUCUUCGUACCGAGCCAUUGCUCGUUGGUAA